CCUUCAUGACUGUUCUAGUGUCUCCCAAAAUGCUAGAUGGAGAGAAAGUGGACCAUGAUGUAAGUUUGUCUUUCCCUACCCAUAUGGAAUACAGCUGUUCUUCGUGGACAGUCUCAGAUAUUUCUUCAAUGCCUAAUGGUAAUUCUAGCAUGGGGUUGUAAGGGUUAUCUGAUCCGAGAUCUGUGGUUAAGUGCAACUUCUGACCUCUCACACUUGACCCUGUCCUGCCUGUAGGAUCUCCACCGCAAGCAUAUGGAGAAGGACCUGACUGAGCUGCAGACGCUUAUUGAGGCCCAUUUUGAGAGCCACCAAAAAGAGGAAGAGGAGCUCAUCGACCUCACUGAUGGUAUUGUGAGAUACUGUCACAUUCUGUGUAGGCUACAGAUAGCCUGCUGGUUGCUCUGUCAUUGCUUCACGUACAGUUCCAGUCAAAUACUUGUAAUAAGGUUAUGGUCUGUGAUAUAAUAGGAAUUAAAUAUCUAUGGGAUGGGGAUCACUGGCUUCUAAUCUGUUACUAUCCUCUCUGUGCCUAGAUCUCAGGAUAAGUGCAGGUCUGAGAGAGCAGAGCAGGUGAGGAUCCGAACAGAGAAAGAAAAGGAGCGUCAAAACAGAACAAACGUGAGUAUCCCCAUAGCGACACAAGGAAGGGAAGUGAACAGCAUGGAACGCUGUAUAUUAGUAGAAAGUAGGACAACUGUAGUAAUGUUGUAGUAAUAUUGUGGUAAUGUUGUAGUAAUGUUUUAGUGAUGUUUUGGUAAUGCUGUAGCAAUAUUGUGGUAAUGAUGUAGUCAUGUUGUAGUAAUGCUGUAGUAAUGCUGUAGUAAUGGUGUGGUAAUGUGGUAGUAAUGUGGGGUUAUGUGGUGGUAAUGUUGUAGUAAUGUUGUAGUAAUGCUGUAGUAAUGUUGUGGUCAUGUGGUAGUAAUGUGGGGCUGUGUGGUGGUAAUGUUGUGGUAAUGUUGUAGUAAUGUUGUAGUAAUGUUGUGGUCAUUUAGUAGUAAUGUGGGGUUGUGUGGUGGUAAUGUUGUGGUAAUGUUGUAGAAUGUUGUAGUAAUGCUGUGGUCAUGUGGUAGUAAUGUUGGGUUGUGUGGUGGUAAUUUUGUGGUAAUGUUGUAGUAAUGUUGUACGUUUCUCUCAUCUCCAGGACGAAAGGGCACGGAAGGAGGAAGAGGAAUUUAAGAAGAAACCCGAGGAUGACGCCAAUAAAAAGAAGGUCCUCACCAACUUGCAGUCCAGCGGGUAUAAGGUGACCGAAAUCAUCCUAAAACACCACUACAGCAGUUAUCAGAGC